AUGAUCGGUCAGCUGCUUGUGCUCGCCAGUCUGCUCGCCACAACGUCGGCCUUUGCGUCGUCCCCAACCGAUCCGUGCGUCGCGUCGCCGCCGCCGACGGCGCCAACGGCGCCUCACAAGAAGACCGCUUUCAUCCAUGUCGACAUCCAAAAGUGCUUCACGAACGGGCCCCCGAAGGGUAUCGAUAACGACUACGCCUACUGCAACCCGCCGGCAACCGGAGGUACCGACAAUUGCACCCGUCUUGGAUCGCUCGGCGUGGCAGAGGGCGCCACGAUCGUCCCGGCGGUCAACGACCUUCGCCACUCGUGCCUGUUUGAGGGCGUGUUCCGUUCCCAGGACUACCAUCCAGCGGAUCACAUCAGCUUCGCCUCGCGCCACUUCGGCGAGACGCCCUUCUCCUUCGCCGACGGCCCCCUACCCUUUGUCGGCUACCCGAUCGAGUUGGCGUGCACCAAGAACUCGACGGAGGAGAUCAAGGACGUGGCGUGCUGCCUCGUGGACGCGGCGCAGCCGGCGUGCAUGAUCGGCGCGAACGGGACGACCGUCUGCACGCAGGACACCGACCCGGAGAACCCCGCGUGCUCCGCCUGUGUUGGCCCCGACGCGAACUGCACCAAGAUGAUGCAGGGCAUGUGGACCGACCACUGCGAGCAGGACGCGACCGCAUCGAUCGGAGUGCCCAACGGCGACAACACCACCUCCGUCGACACGGCCAAGGCGGACAUGCUGCUACAGGGCGUCAAGUUUGUGUCCACCGAGGAGGUGCUGACGUCGGAGUGCCCAGCUGGGACGGAGAACAUGUGGACGUACGCGCGCAACCGGCGCAAGUCUCGCCGCUUGGUCGAGAAGUAUGGCAAGGUGGUCACCCUCUGGACCCAUGGCGUGCUCAGUCAGCCGUGA